GUUGUCACUUUGAACAUAACCUGAAAUAUAAAAUAUUAAAUUGUAAAUUAUUUAAAUUAAUAAUUUUUUUUUGCACAUGCUCGACAUUAGUCGAGGCAUAUGUUACCGGAAUGGUUUUAAUAGAAAAUGAUGUGUUUUUGAGUGAACUCACUAGGUUAUUUGAAAAGUCACGGCUGUCAGGUUCAGUAGCUCUGACUAUUAAAAGAUUCAAUGGACAUAAUAAACCAGAACCUAGAGAAGGUAAUCCUCCUUUACCAAAACCAACAGAGUAUCUCUGUUUAGUAAGAGCUAAAUUACACUCGAAAAAAAUCUCUACAGUUAUUCAUUCCAAGGAUGUAAAUAAAUUCCAGCAGGCAUACUGGAAUCUAUUAAAAGCAAAUAUAAAUGGACUGAAAAAAUUAAAAAAAGUGAAAAGUGCAAAGCCUAAAGCUCACUAAUCAAAUUAAUAUUUAUUUAUAUAAUUUUUUUUUUUAAUUCAAUAAUUAAAUGCAAUUUAUGAUAAUA